AUGUGCGCCGCUCACUUUUGGAUCUGAGUUCGACUAAGCAUCACCGUUUGUUUAUUUACUACCAAAGUUACAGAUUUAUUUUCAGUGAUUUAAAAUCAACGCAACAGUAAAUUAAUAAAACUGUGUGUGAAAAUAAAUAAACUUAAGUGCCGUCGUGGUUUUGGAAUAAAAAUAAAAAAUUUUUUUUAAUUUCUUAAUUCUUAAAUUUGAAUAAUAAUGGCUGACAGUGGUACUAAGCGCAACAUUCCUAUCAAACUCGGCGACUUUAGCGUCAUUGAUAGCGAAUUCUCAAAUAUACGCGAGCGAUUUGAUGCUGAGAUGAGAAAAAUGGAGGACGAGAUGUCGAGAUUCAGAAGCGAACUUAUGAAUCGUGAGAGUAAUAACUUUUUCAAGACUACUUCUAGCCGACACCAUACAAGCAGCAGUGAACAUCGCACCUCAACGACCUCAAAGACGGAGGGUUGGGACAAAGUCGAUCAUCCUGCCGCGCCGUCAAAGCGUUCCGCGUUCGACAAGGCUUUCACCAGUACAACCUCACAGCAGAGUACUCAACAUAACAGCUCACUGAGCCCUCAGCAUGACUCACGUACCUGGUUGGACGGUCUCAACAGCCCACUUAUCCAAGACGAGGGUGAUAACAAAAUGUUAAAACUGAGAUUUGACGUAUCUCAAUACACACCCGAGGAAAUUGUUGUCAAAACUGUUGACAACAAGCUUUUGGUCCACGCAAAACAUGAAGAGAAAACAGAAAGUAAAUCAGUAUACAGGGAAUACAAUCGUGAAUUUUUAUUACCAAAAGGAACAAAUCCCGAGACUAUCAAAUCAUCACUUAGUAAAGACGGUGUCUUGACUGUUGAGGCUCCACUUCCAGCCCUCGGUGCCGGUGAAAAAUUAAUUCCCAUUGCCCACAGCUAAAUUAUUAAUAAAUUUUUUUAAAAUAUUAUCAAAUAUAAUUAAAAUUUGAUAAAAAAAAAGAAAAAAAAAAAAUUCCACAUUUUUUGAAUUGAAAAAUUAAAAAAAUUGUCCACUUUCCCUUUAGCCUCGUCUUUGAAUUUUUAUAUCGAUAUAUAAAUACAAAAAAAAAUUAUUAUUAACAAAUGCAAAUUUAUUAAGUGUGUUGAGAAUUUAAAAAAAUAAACUAAUUGACGGAUUAAUAUUUUAUGAGCCGUUAAAAUUAAUGCUGCUUCAAUAUUUAUACAAAUAUACAAUUUUUAUACAUAAAAAAAAUUUAUUAAUUUAAAAAAAUUCAUAUAUUUGCAAUUAAAAUUAAUAAA